UUCCAUCACUAGUUGUUGAUUUUUUUGCGAAAAAAGUGAAGCUUCGGUUUGCUAAUAUAAAAUGAGACAUUGUGGUGCCUAAAUAAGUUUUUCAAACUUGUACUACACACGAAUAACUUUCUUUUGUUGAUCCGCAUAUAUAACAAACCUUGCACUCGCAUGGACUACGACAAUUUAUCAUUUAAUCUUGGCGAUGGAAGCCAAGCGACAGACUUGAUUGAAGGAGUCACAAACUCAAAACCAACCGCAGAUCCGGAAGCUCCAGAUGCGAAUAUGUGUGGCAGUCAGGAGUUGCUGGAAGUGAAGUCGAAAGAGAAAGCUCGGCGCUAUUGGACGCCCAGCGAGGAGGAGCGCCUCUAUGAGAUUUGGGGUCGGGACAACUGGCGUUUAACACGUAAUGGAAAGAACACAAUUUUCUUUGGUCAAUGGUCUGAGGAGUUGCGCGAACGUUUCUCGGUGGAUGUGAAGCCCGAAGAGAUUCAAAUGAAGGUUAACCAGACACGUGCUAAGUUUCGUCAAGUAAAGAAACAGCUUCAAAGUGAUCCCUCGAGUUAUUCCUUGCGCUGGAAGAAAUAUGACAUAAUCAAUCGCAUACUUAAGAAUAUACAUAGGCCCAAGAAUGCUGAACCUAUUCCACCCGAUGUGUUGCUCAACAAUCGUGAUGUGUCCCCGCCGCGUGAAGAGGAACAGCAACAGAAACAGCAGCCACAACAACAGCAACAAGGCCAAUCAGUGCUUAAUUUGACCACUGAGCCAACGGGCAACAACUUUUACAACAACAGUAGCAACAGCAACAACAGCAACAGCCAUGCUCAAGUCAAUAACAAUAAUAAUAACACAAUGAGCUUCAAUACCGAACUGUUCACAGAUCAGUACGACGAUAUAAAGCGCGAGUACGAUGAGGACGAUUAUCGAUCAAUGCCAUUUCAGGAGCAAUUGCAACAGUAUUCACCAGCGGAGCCUGCACAAUUACUCGAACUCCAAACUCCCCAGCAACAGCAGCAGCAACAACAACAGCAACAUUUUCAGUCUGAGUACGAGUCUAGUGUUGUUAAUUAUGCUGCAAGUGGGAUCUCGACCCAGCAGCAACAACCACAGCAAUAUAAUAGCAACAGCACUAGCAGCAGCAAUAACGCCGCCUCUGUAUCGUCUAUUAAUCAUCAAGCUAUCACAGCUGUCGCUUACAUUAACAGCAGUAAUAAUACAAUAAGCGUAGCCACCAACAAUAGCAACAGCAAAGACGAAUCAAUGGCGGCGGUGCAAAUGCAACCUCCAGUUGGAGUAGGAGCCGCAAGCAAUGCCAUCAGCACAACCCCACGGAAACGGGGUCGACCGUUUGGCUCAAGCAAUCCCCCCGCUGCUGAUUCACUGGAGUCGAUAUAUAUUGAAGAAGUGCGUCGGAAGAAUCAACUGCUCUCUGAGCAAACGAAAAUCUCACGACAACGCCUGGAAUUGGAAGAGCGAAAGGUGGAGCUCAUGCAAACUUUUUUCCCUAAAUGCUUGGAGCAGCAAGCUCAUAUACUAGCACGAGUCAUGCAAUUGCCAUCCCUGCAACAGCACUUGCAGUCGCCAUCGCUGCCGCCUCCACAACAGUAGUCAUUGUAAUACAUGUAUCACCACCAGUAAUAUAGCGUGAUUAGUCCUUAAAAUAGCGAUCGUAAGCCAAUCAAAAAGAAAUCGUUUUAAUUUCGAUGUGUAUGUAAGCAGCAAUUGAGAGAAAUUAUGAUUUCGAUGAUUGCCCUUUACGUUUUCAAUUGUUUUAACGAUCGUAAUUAAUAUGUUGUAAUCAAUACCAUAAUAUAAUAAACUCAAUUUAUACUACUAAGUAUAAUUCUAA